AUGGAUGUCUCCCCCAUAUUCCUUCCCGCUCGCUCUUUCUCACUCUCACAUUUUGAUUGUGAGACGAUCUAUCUGUUUGGUGAUGUUGUUUCUACUACUUCAGAAUCAGGAAGGCUAUAUAGAGGCGAUGGAGUUCGUAUUAUAAAAGUGGCUUAUGAUCCUGGAUUUGUAAAUAUGUUGAUGGGUUUGGAAGGAUUUUCAACGAAUAAGGAAUAUGAAUGUUUGUUUGGGUGUCAUUCCAGAGCAAUUUGGACUACUUGGGAUGGGAAGGUGACAAAGAUGGUGACCACUUAUAAUCGGCAGUGA